GGAAGAACAAACAAAGUCAUCGGAACUUUUGGAUACAUGUCUCCUGAAUACGUCAUGUAUGGACAAUUCUCAGUAAAAUCCGACGUGUUCAGCUUCGGUGUGCUAAUGUUAGAGAUCAUAACUGGCAAGAAGAAUCAGUAUUCUUAUGUAUCAGAUCACUAUGCGGGCCUUCUAGACUAUGUUUGGGAACACUGGAGAAUUGGAGCAUUGACGCAAAUUGUGGAUCCAACACUGAGUGAAUCUUACUCAGUAAAUGAAGUGAUAACAUGUAUUCACAUUGGCUUGCUCUGCGUUCAGAAUGACGAUGAGGCCCGACCUGCUAUAGAAACAAUUCUUCUUAUGCUUAGUAGUGUCGAUUCUGUUAGCCUCCCUAUGCCCGAGCAACCUGCAUUCCUUUUCCCAAGUGUGAAGCACAACCAACCAUCUCAAGAUCGAAACUCGGAUCUAUCCAGCGAGAUGCUCAACAGCAGCAAGACAAUGUUGGAAUGUCCAGUGAUCAGCGGUUGUCUUAGUGAUGUGCCUCUUUGAUAAAGAAAAGGAAAAGAUCAGGGAGCACGCUCAAAAUCCAUUGAUCAAUGUCUAAUUCAUGAGGUCGAAACCAUGUAUCAUACAAAAAAUGCAAGCUCUCUUUCGCAUGGAACAAAAUUUAAGCUCCAAAUUACAAAGCAUGCGAAGCCCAUUCUCUAUUGAAGCAACCAGAACUCUUUGGAUUGCAAUAAAUCGAAGAAUAAAGUAGAA